CUGCCGUUCCUGCUCCCGACCCCCAAAACCCUAGCGGCGACUGCGAGGAUGGCCCGCAAGAAGGGCCGCCUGCCGUCGCCGUCGCCGCCACCGCCGACGCCUCCGAGGGAGGAGUCCAGCUCCGACGAAGACGAUGAGGAGGAACCCACCCCCGAAGCCCAAAAGGCCCCACAAAACCCUAAACCCCUUUCCACCGCCGCGGCCGACGCCGAUUCAUCGGAUGGAGGCGAGGAGGAGGAGUCCGACGACUCGGAAACCGACGCCAAUGCCUUCCAGAUCCUUCAGGCCGCCCGCUCCCCCGGCAAGCCCUCGGAAUCUGACGCCGAUGAGGGGGACGGCAGCUCGUCGGAUAGCCCGGACCCCGUCCAGACCAAGCCGGCAAGGAAGCCCGGGAAGAAGAGGCAGGCCGCUGAGUCCAUUCCGUCUGCUGUCAAGGCGAAGAAAGCCAAGGCCGAGGCGGCUCCUCUGUCUGGCAAGGCGCCUUCUGACCCCAAUUCCACCAGCAAGGGUAAGAAGCACAAGGAAAAGGCUGUGCUGGAUCGCUCCCCGUCCAAGCCCACAGGAAGACGCUGGACAAUUGAGGACGAGAUCAAGGUCCUGUAAGCUCUUGUCAGCCACACCAAGGCUAAUGGCACACAGCCUAGUGCUGUUGAACUUAUUGCUGCUGUUGGCAACAGCCUUGAAAGGAAGACCUGUACCAAGACUGAAAUGUAUGAGAAGGUGCGGCAUCUUAAGCAGCGGCACGAGAAAGCAGCGACUACAGGCACCCUGCCAGAUAAUGAUGAUGACCUCCGGAAGUUCAACCUCUCGGAGGCAGUCUGGGGAGAAAGUGCAAAGGAGGUUGCUGCAGCCCCCGUAUCUCAGAAUGAUGCUGCUACCUCAAUGAACAAGAAGGGGCAGGCUAACAAGGAGAAAAAGGGUGGUACAGCAAAGGAAGCCACCAGCACCGUGAAUGCAAAUGUCGGAACUGUCACUGAGAGUAAUAAGGAGCUGGCCACCAAAGAGAAGCUAGAUGGAGCUACCAAGGGCAGGUUAUCAAAGAAGGCUGCCACUACUGAUUCUCCUGUUAAGAGUAAGAAACGGGGAAAUCAUAAGGAGGACUUAGAAGGCGAUGCAAAAACAAAGGAGACCACCAAUACUGCCACUCAAAACGGCAGCACGUCGGUUAGGAGCAAGAGUGGUAAGUCUGACAAAGAGGAAAAGGAUGGAGAUGCAGAUAGCCUUGGACCAAAGGAGGCCACGGAGGUCACUCAAAAUGAUGAGGAGAAUCAUGAAGACAAAAUGGAUAUAGAUCCUAAUGUGAAAAACAUGCGAAGAGAGUUCGAUGAAUUACAGAAUCUGUACCCCAACCUCGCCUCUUAUGUGGAGAGCAUCCAGGCCCAGCAUCCAUGUGGGGAGACACUGAAAAGAGCAUUUGAGUUCAUUGCUGAUGAGAAGGCUUGUGCUUUGGAAUCCAAGAUCAAGAAACAAAGAGUAGUUGAGAUGAAGACGGAGAUUCGCCGAGCCGACACUAAGAAGGAGGUGACCAACAUAUUCAUAGGAUUGCUGGACUGAACCCUUUGGUGCUGUCAACCCAUUUAUAUGACGAGGAGAAAAAGAGAGGCAAGUUGCUGUGGAAGACUAUGGACCAAGAUUAUUGAAGUUUGCUUUUGUUCUCGAUGCCUACGAAGUUACCAUUCCAAGUACGCAGUCCCAUUUUGAGGUGCAGUUACCUGUACUGAUGGCUUAUGCACUUUGGACCUGUGAAGUGGUUUAAGUUCUUAGCAUCCUAUAACUGUCAAAAAAUUAUGGUUCAUAGCAAUGUCUCCAGAACUUGAUGCAUGAAUGGUCAGAGAUGAAGUUAUGAAGUUUGGCAGUUGAAGUUUUGUUA